AUGCGUUAUUCGAUUCUUCGAUUGGCGAGUCAGUUUUUACGCAAUAAAGAACACGUGUUUGCCGAUAGAAGUGUAUUCGUCAAGGAUUUCUGGCGAGUAUCUGGUGCGAGUGUGUUAACUCAAAUCGUUGUUGCUGUCAUUAUCGAGGAGUUCGCAUUUCCCACUCCGGAUAUAGUAUACGAUUUGCGAAUGUAUUUAUCGCCAGAUUUUGCCGAAUUUGCGAGAUACGGUGAACGUGGUGAGAAGGAUUAUCGACUGGACAAUUCAUUGCGCUCGUUUCAUAUUUCUGAGGGACGUGUUCAACGGAUACGAGAACGCGGCAUAUCUAAAGAGGGUGGAUUCGAUUAA